CAAUUAGUUAAUUAAACAAAACGGUAAAUCUAUCAUUAAUUCUUCUUGCACUUGAAUAUUUUCUUGGAACCAACAAUCACGAUAACCAGUCUUUGAAAAUCAAAUCCACGCCAUUUUCCGAUUCCUUUAUUUCUUCUUCUUCUCUCUCUCUCUCCUCAAUUUCAAUUUCUCUCUCUAGAAUUUAGUAUAAAUUAUUACACAAGCAAACCAUCCAGCAAAUCAAAGGUGGCAACCCCCAAUUAUCAAUCCUCACCUUUUCCUAGGAAGUCGCCUUUCCUCUUCAUUCUCAAUCAAUCAAUCUUUUAAUCCUUCAUUUCCGUUUGCUUCUGCUCAAAUCCAUCCAUUUCCGGUGAAAAAAAUCCAAUCUUUUUUUUUUUUUUUGGUUUUGGAGAGGGUUUGUUUGUUCGCGGAAUCGGAUUGCGAUUACCGUAUGGCCCCGUACGCGGCGGCGUGCCGGCGGGCGGUCAAAUUAGGAACCGGGUCGUUCGGUACCCACAUAACCGGCCCGAACCGGUUCAACUCCAGGCCCAUUUCCGACCUCGCCAAGCCCAACGGCAAACGCCUCUUCCUCGUCGACACUCUUGCCCUUGUUAGGAGAUUAGAGGCACAAGGAAUUCCGUCGAAGCAAGCGGAGGCGAUAACGUCGGCUUUGACGGAAGUACUUAACGACAGUAUGGAAAAUGUUUCUUACUCCUUCGUCUCCAAAGGUGAAAUGCAGAAAAAUGAGAUGACUCAUGAAUCCACUUUAUCCAAAUUCAAAACUGAAAUCAAAAGCUCCCAGGACCACCAUUUUUCUUUAUUGCAACACGAGACCGAAAAACUUAAAAGCGAUAUUGAGAAGAUGCGUAGUGAGUUGAGGUAUGAAAUCGAUAAAGUCACAGCUGGUCAACGCUUGGAUCUUAAUCUCGAAAGGGGGAGAAUCCGGGACGAGCUAAACAAUCAAAAUCAAGAAACCAGUAACCUCACUAACAAACUCGAUCGAGAAAUUCAUGCAUUGAGGGCACAAUUAGAAGCUGCUAAAUACGACGUCAUAAAGUAUUGCAUUGGUACACUCGCCUCCGUCUCCGCAGUCGGUCUUGCUGUGAUUCGCAUUCUCAUGUAGCUUAAAAUGCAAUUCAGUCAUUUUUUUUUUUUAAUUUUAAGUUUUUUCGUUUAGAAGGAUUUUAAACCGGUUUUAAUGUUUAAAAUCCUUGAUUAUUAAGAAAGAUAGACUAACAUUGUUAGGAAUUUAAAUAUAACAAUGUUAUUCAUUGAUCUGAUAUUGUAAAAUAGAUUUGUAACAUUUGUUUAAAUUUUGUUACUCAUGAAUUUGGGAAGUGACAAAGUUCUAUGUAAUUUGACUUUUUUAAUGUUUA